GAAAGAAGAAAAAGGAUAGAUAGUGUUCCGUAGUAUUCGCAGUGCUAACUGAUUACAGCCUGCGUCAGUUUAUUUUCUAAACGUCAAAAAUCGUAUACUCAAUCUCUCAUUAACUAUUGUUUCAUUAUUUUUCCUGAUAAAUCUUCUGUACGUAAGACUGUCAGUUACGGGAGAAUAAUUACGUGCUAGAUAAAUUAAUAUAUCUCAUCAUGAAGCCCACGCUUGUAGCCGAUGAAAUGUUUCCCGAGGGAGCUGGUCCUUACGUUGAACUGGAGGAGGUUGGAGGCAGUAGAUUGUUAGUGGAUCUCACAACGAGCGAAAAGGCUGUUCAUUCUGAAUUUUUCAAUGAGUUUGAUGAUCUCUAUGAUGAUGAUGAUUUGGAUUGAAGCGUUCCUAAGGAGUUAAACUACGCAGUGCUUUGUUUUAUAGAUUGUAAUUAACUUAUCAUUGAUGCAUAACUUGUUCUUGUAAAUUCAUGCAAAAUGUGAUUGUAACAUAUAAAGAAUGAAUGAACAUCAUAUGUCAUUUGGUUGUGUUCAGCAGAAAAUAGCAUCACGUUAAUCCAUGUGUUGUCUCAAUAAAUCAUCAAUUUGAAAAUACAAAUACUCUCCUUAGAUUAUGCUUACUUGCACAAUAGACUCGAUAAAAUUUGACUUGCAAAGUGUCUAAGAUAUUGGCAUAAUUUUAGCAACUCUUGCGACAUUCUCUUUCAACAUACUUUUAGUAAAUGUCAGAGAUAAAAAAAAAGUGUUUAAGACGCAUAAGAGCACAUGUUGAUCGUAAAGUUGUAUUUUCUGUUGAACGCAGCCGUGAAUGUAUCAUGCAUUUAUGUAUAUGUAUAUAUAUUAUAGAUAUGAAAAAUGUUUAAUUUCUGAAGUUUGCCGUAUAAAACUACUGCAAACCC